UGCUGCCGAGUGCCGGGGUUCCACUAGAUAGCAGAGCCACAAAGUCAAAAUGUCUAUAUGCAAGAAUUCAUGAAAACAAAAAUUAGCUUUUUGGUCUUAAUUUAAGGUUAGGCAUAAUGUUUGCAAUGUAGUUAAGGUUAGGUUUAAAAUCAUAUUUUAAUAAGCAAAAUUGUAGAAAUAGGCGGGGUUUACGACUUUUUGGCUGUGGUAACUAGUGACGACCCGAGUGCCGGGAGAUGCUCUCGUCGCAAGAGAAAACAAGCAGAGCAGCAGAAACAUAAAAUCCCAGAAUCGAGGCCUAUCGUGACAGUUAACUGGUGUUAGAAUGGAUGACGACUGCAAUGGCCGUCCCUACAUGUCAGCAGGCAGUGGAGACUCUUCGAUGGAGAGGGAGUUUUCAGGGGCCCUUGGAGGCCCCACAGUGAGCACCCCCAACAGCCAGCACACUUCUCCCAGCCGCUCUCUUAGUGCCAACUCCAUCAAAGUGGAGCUGUACAGUGAUGAGGAGCCGGGCCGCGGCACGGGGCCAGAGGAUGAGAGAGGGGACAGGGUGGAGGAGGGGGGUUCUGAGCAGGGAGGAGAGGCCGGAGGAGGGGGCUACAGGGAGCUGGCCAGUCCAGAGCCCAUGUCACCAGGAGGUGCCAUCCGGCUGCCCAACGGAAAACUCAAGUGUGACAUCUGUGGGAUGAUCUGCAUCGGGCCCAACGUCCUCAUGGUGCACAAACGCAGCCACACAGGUGAGCGGCCAUUCCAGUGUAAUCAGUGUGGGGCCUCUUUCACCCAGAAGGGGAACCUGCUGCGUCACAUUAAGCUGCACUCGGGGGAGAAGCCUUUUAAAUGUCCCUUCUGCAGCUACGCAUGCCGCAGACGGGACGCUCUUACAGGCCACCUCCGCACUCACUCGGUAUCGUCUCCCACAGUGGGGAAGCCCUAUAAGUGUAGUUACUGUGGCCGCAGCUACAAGCAGCAGAGCACCCUGGAAGAGCACCGUGAACGCUGCCACAGCUACCUGCAGAGCCUGGAGACACAGCAGCCAGCCAGCGCUCAUACUCAAGAAGAGGAGCUGAGGGACCUGGAGUUCAUGCCUGACAACCUGCUGCAACCUUCCUCAGACAAGAUGGCGUUCAUCGAUCGGCUAGCCCACAGCAUCACCAAACGCAAGAGAUCCACACCACAGAAAUUUGUAGGACAGAAGCACAUGCGCCUCAGUCUGGCCGACACGCCUUACGAGCUCAGAACCGCCUUCGACAAAGACGGGGUUACACACCACGGUGGUCUGGAGCAGCCACACUACACUAGCCUGGGAGGAGGGUACCUGGGGGGACAGGGAGUUGGAAGUGGUGGUGGAUCUGAAGGCCUCCGACCCCUACGCUUGCCUCUCCCUCACCCCUCCUGCCUGUCGGAGCUCCGGCCGGUCAUCAGUUCGGCUCACACCCCCAUGGCUACGCUGGGGCCGAGGCUAGACUGCACUGGGGCCGGGGCUGGCCUAGGGUCCACGGGUGUGGGGGGCAGGGAGGCUGCAGAGGGCCACGAGGACCUGCCCCCUGGACGCAGCCACGGCCCGUCACCUAGCAACGGUUGCCAGGACUCCACGGACACAGAGAGCAUGCCGGAUGAAGUGUUUAGCAGUGUAGCGCCUGCCCUGCCGCUCCACAACAACCACAAUCACCACAACCUCCACCACCUCCACUCCAACCACCACCCUCCCCCUCCACCCCUACUGCACCACAGGGGCAUGGACAGCCCAAGCCAUGCUAAAGACAGGGAUGGAGACAGGGACAGGGAGGAGGGUGGCCACCCUGCUUUCCCCCCUCCCCCUGCCCUGGCCCCAGGCUCCCCCACCUCAAGGCAGGCGUUUCGGGUGGUGGAUGGAGAGGGGCACACAGUGCGCUCUUUCCGCUGUGAGCACUGCCGUGUGCUCUUCCUGGACCACGUUAUGUUCACAAUCCACAUGGGCUGCCACGGCUUCCGCCAGCCCUUUGAGUGCAACAUCUGUGGCCACCGCAGUCAGGACCGCUAUGAGUUCUCCUCCCACAUUGUCCGCGGAGAGCACCUGCCAGGCUGAGGCUGGCUGGAUGGGCCUCUGUACUUAGGGCUGUUUUUACUCUGAGAGAAGGGCCUGCUUGGGUUUGGUCUGCACUGCAUCACAAGAGGGGGUAGAAGGGGAAGGGUAGUAAAAAAAAAAACACUAAAAAAAACUGCUUUUUGUAAAUGAUUUGUAUACAAGCAUUGAUACUGAUAUCACAUAAACCUCAACUUCAAAUAGGCACACUAGAAUGGCUCAAUUGCGUCACUUAAAAAAAAAAAAAAAGGGAGAAUCCUCACUACUCUGAAUACACUUUUCAAAAUGUAUGAAUUCUUGCCAGAAAAUGCUAAGAUGAAGAGUAAAUGCACUUUUCUAUCCUCAGAAGUGCCUUUCUCUGGUGUGGUCUGUCUACCUUUCCUCUCUUAUCCGGGUAAAAAACCGGGCGCACAAAACAGUGAUGCUACUAGCUAGACAAUGUGAUUUAUAUCGGACUUUGUUUUCCUCUCCUGCACUUUAAUCAAGAUUUUAUCAAAAAUGUAUAAUGCAAGAAAACAAACAAACAGUUGUCAAUGUGCACUUCGUUGUGCUUGCAAGCUGUAGUCAGACAUCAGUAGUCGAGUCAGACAUCAGUAGUCGUCUUUAGAUGCCAUUAGGCUUCCUCGGAAUUUGUCCGUUUAACAAAGCCCUAUUUGAAAAGCACUUUUAAAAAAUCCAUUCCAUUCCCUAACAUGCUUAGUCCCUGGUGGUGUGGCAGACAGACAGUGUUGUGUAAGAUUGUGUAUUUGAUGUAUAGUAGGUCAUGUAUUUUAAUAACAGUUGUGGUGCAGGCCAGGCCCAGGAUCCCAAGUCAAAUAGUAACAAGGAUUUGAGGGGUUGGCCUCAAAUGAGUGCACUUUCCAAUUUCAGUUUGUGUGUGUGUUGGUUCUUUUGGAAGUUUAGUAAGUUAAAUGAGAGCGAGUUGAAGGCUAUUAUCAGUGUGAAUGUUGUGGGGUGGAAUGGGGUACAGUAUGUUUGUUUUUGUUUAAUUUGAUUGCUUUUGUUGCACUGAGAUAUAAUUAUAUUAAACUAUUUUAUAGAGGUUAUUUAUGGCCUGCACAUUUCUCUGUGCAGUGUGUUGAAAUAAAUAAAUAUUUUUUUUUAAUUCAUCUCCACAAAAGGAGAGCCACUGCCACUAUUUUGGAGUUGACUUCAACAAAGGGUGGAGAUUGUUGGCAAUUUUAGAAGGUCCCUGAUAUCCCAAUGUGUUGCUUACUAUGAAACAAACCAAAACCAAUAUUAUUUAUUUAAGUGAGACUUAAAACAAUUGUUGUAUAUUCAUUGUAUUGUGCCUUUCAUGACAUUGACCUUGCUGACAAUUCUUGCCAAUAUACAUUUUUCCACCCAUAAAGAUAUCAUUGACGUUACAUGAAAUAUCCCAGCUGGCCCUGCUAAAUGCCCAAGCUGAAUCCAAAAUGUCCCUCUACUAAUCACACAUUUUAAUUUGCAGUCACUAAUUUCUUAAGUGGCCUAAUGUAGAUAUAAAUUGUAUAACCUCAUCCCAAAAGGAAAGAGACAAAGACAUGUUAAAAAAGAGAAUAACUUUUCAUAUAUGAAAGGUUUAGAAAUGUGCAUGAGAUUGUUUGUCACCUGCUGCUAAGGCAUGAAUGUGUGUGUGUGUGUGUGUGAGACCACAGUUGUCGGUGGUUAAGAUUUAGAAGGUGUUUCUUCAGAAGUGACUUUGAAAUGCUUAUUUUCGUUCAAUGAUUUUCUUUCUCAUCGGACUUGUAAUUGUUGUUUUUAUAGAGAGCACUGAUGUUGGUAAACAUUUUCCUUGGAAUCAGGAAGCAUUCAGAUCCCUUCAGGCAACUUUGACCAAGGGAACGUGAUCAAUACACAAUUUUUGAAUGAAAAGAAACAGUUUGGGCAGUUGUGGACCUACUCUUUUACCCAAUCUCUUAGUCUUCAUAUUGAAUGAACUUGGAAGCCUGUAGGAUUUAUAGUUCUUGAUUAGGGCCCAGAGUUUCCCAUGGUCAAGCAAAACUCCUGGCCCUACUCAUGACACAGAUUAAGUAUGAGAGACAGGAAAAUCUGCUGUGGCUGUGGGAUUUUUUUAAUUUUUAAUAAAUGUGAAACUCUUUACCUCAAAUGAUAAUUGCCUCUGUCAGGAGUAUGGGUUUGGUGAUGUUUGCAUUUUUCUGUGGUUAAUUUGAAGGUUUUUAAGUUGGUUUUGGCAGCCCUGUAUCUUCACUUCAUUUAAUAUUUAAUGAAUCUUACAAAAAAAGGAAUGUGCUUUGAAGUGGACUGUAUACAAGAAAAUGCCUCAUCCCAAUGUCAGAAAAGACACAAUCUUCUAAAACAAUUACAUAGCACUGAAAUUGUACUGAAUUACAGGGCAUAGUUGCACUUAAUCAGUUGCAUUAAACUUAAUCUGUAAUGCUGUUCUAAACGUAAUGCCUUAUGAACGGAUAUGUAAUUACUGUUCAAAGUAGAGAAAUUAUACAUCUAAUGUCAUCCGAAAUGGUUGGAUUAUUGAAUUGACGUGGAAGUUCUGCAUUGAUCGUUUGACGGCAGUUCCUGGAAGAGCAGGUUUAGGUGUCUCCAGAUGUGUUUCUGUGUGUAAAUCUUGCUAUUGUGCCUUUGCCCCCCCGCGCCCCCUCCCUCCCCCUCUUAGGUUUUCACUGUUUGAUGUUGGUUACAUCAGAUUUGAGGACAGAACACUUGGCCAUGGGUCUUGAAAGCUCAAUAAACGGUAACACAAAUUGAUGUCAUAUGCUAGGUUUCCAUCAAAUUGGUGAAAGAUUUUAAUGUGAAUAUUCAAACAUCCGCAUAAAGAAAAUGUGAAUUUACCCGCCAGUGGUGCGUUUCCACCAAACUGACUUAUUGCAGAUAAAUCAGUGCGUGAUGACGUAGUGCACAAUGUACUUUUUCGCUUACGUUUAUGUACCGAAUAAAAAAAAAUCUAAUGUUCAA